AAAAAUCUGAUCCAACCUUAUUUUAGUAGGACUUGCUUAGAGGAACGUUGUUUUGUUAUAAUGGGUUUUGUUCAAUUUGCUUUCUUCGUGUGUUUUAUUUCGGUGACGAGUUCAGAGGUAUGGAAGUGUGACGACGGGCUGUCAAUCAACUCCGCGUGGCGUUGUGAUGGACAGUUCGAUUGCUUGGAUUGGUCGGACGAGAAUCCAGAUAAUUGUCCACCCCGAGAAUGCUCACCCAGCGAAUAUAAAUGCAACAACGGCAUGUGUAUAUCCGAUGUAUUGGUGUGUAAUGGUGAAUACGAUUGCAUGGGAGACCAAUCGGAUGAAUCGAAUUGUACAUACCAUAAUGUUGAUUGUGACGUAACACUGUUCCAUAUGUGCGGUAACAACAUGUGUAUUCCGAUGGAAUGGAGAUGCGACAAUGAGGAUGACUGUGGCGAUAACUCGGAUGAGAUGGGAUGUUCCAAUGUUUGUUUGAAUGGACAUGUGAUUUGCAACAAGACUGGCCUAUGCAUUAGUGAGCAUUGGGUUUGCGAUGGAGUCAAAGAUUGCGUUGACGGAGAAGAUGAAUCGCAUUGUGGUCAAGCUGACCCCCCAACCCCAGCCAACCCAUGCAACAUUAGUGCGUUUGAAUGCGAUGGAAAUUGUUAUUCGAUAUUCCGAGCUUGCGACGGUCGUAACGAUUGCGUGGAUGGCUUGGAUGAAGGCCUCACUUGUCAGGUAUCCACGUGCCGACUUCGUAAAAACGAUGAUUUUAUCCGAAACAUGAACGGAGGGGAAAUCGUUUGCGAUCAUUUAUGUAUAGCUACACCUAGUGGACCAAGGUGUUACUGCCACCCAGGGUUUAGUUUGGAAGCAAAUGGCUUUGAAUGCAAAGUGGACGGUGUUUCCCCUUCUUUAUAUUUUUCAUCGUCCAAUCAGAUUCGUCGAAUCACCCUUCAUGCAUCGUCGCUCAUGCGUAGCGAUGAUGUCAUAGUGGUCGACCCAAACCAAAACGCUUCAAUCACAGCGAUCCAGUACGACACCAACACCAACAUAUUGUUCUGGUUGGAUUCCAACUCCGAGAAUAUUCAUACAAUGGCUGCUACUGGGCAGCAGAGAGUGAUUGCUACCAUACCCGGCGUUACUUCGCUUGCUUUUGAUUGGUUGACGUACAAUCUCUAUGUAACCCGUCUUACCCCUCCUAGUGUUGGGGUUAUCCCGUUAACGAGCGACGCCACACCAACAACCACAACACCCAUCCACCUUGCAACUUAUCAAGCACCAACAUGUAUUGCAUUAUUACCUCAUAAAGGGUUAAUGAUUGUGUGCGACCACGGCAACCCGUCCACCAACCCCCACCUCACCCUGUUGAACAUGGACGGUACAUCACCCCGCACCUUUCAUACAACGGACCUACCCCAUAUACACGCUGUAGCCGUCGAUGUGAUAACCGACCUGGUGUAUUGGGGUGAAACCGGGGCGGGGGUCGCGAGGGUGAGGGUCAAGUCACUCGAUGGCAGUCAUCAGAAGGUAAUCCUCUCGAGUGCAAUGGGGAACUCCCCAAUCCAAUACCCGUCGUCGAUCUCUAUGUUCGAGGACGACCUUUACUUCACCGACCCCCACAUGAGGGAGGUAUGGAGGCUCGACUCGAUCUCUGGGAAAGCCACGAACUUUGAGGGGGGAGACAAUGAACCCAUUGUUAAAGUAGCGAUGUCGGAUAAAGUGCUCGCAGUGCACGUCGCGCAUCCCGUGCAACAACGCGCACAUCAACCCAACCCAUGUGCGACGUCCAUGUGCACUCAUGCAUGCGUGAACCGACCAAUGGGAUCACGAUGUUUAUGUCCACCAUCGAAGAUAUUGGGGCACGAUGGGAAAACUUGCAUUGAUAUUCCUACGACGACAACAAGGACUACUGUGACCUCACCAACAACAUCUGUGAUGUCACAACCAACUAUCAUGACAUCACAAGUCACCCCUAUGACAUCACAAGCCACCCCUGUGACAUCACAACCACAUUGCCACCACCCCACCCACCUAGAAAACACAGUGAGCACGAUGGUAGUUAUGCAUGGAUACCAAGUUGGUACAACACUCAAGUUUCAAUGCAAACCUGGGAGUCAUGGGGAAGGUGAUAUCCAGCGUGAUACGUUCGUGAUAACAUGUUCACGUGAUGGCUCAUGGGAUGAACUACCAUCAUGCGUGCUAUUUACAUGCGAUGAUAUGCGUUGUGGGGAAGGGGUGUGUGUGGAUAAUAUUAACGGUUCGUAUUGUUUAUGUAACAAUGGAACCAAAGUAUUCACUUCAUGCUCACAAUCCUUCAUUGAUGAUGUCGUAAUGGAUUCUCGCCCCAUUAUUAUACAAGUUGUUGUAACAAUGGUUGUAUUGUUACUUAUAAUCAUAAUUGUGGGACUUGUGUGGAAAUACAAAAGACACGAAGUAUCAUGCAGUCGUAUGAAGCGAUCUCAGCCGUCUGGCGCCCUGCUUGUACAAUCCCCACAAGAUGGAAGUAAUUAUGCAAACCCGCGCCCUCAGAUUACAACGAGGAAGCAACGUAAACGACUCCCAUUACCCGAUGACCCG